AUGCCCAAACAAAUUAAACAAAAGCCAUGAGAUCUUUAGCUUUCGAAAAAGUAUGUCCUCUAGUUUACUGCCUUUUCUUGUAUGUUCACCUACUUUCAUCACAAAACUACUUUCCACAUUUUGCUUCUGCUAGUUCAACUACUGAAGCAGAGGCUCUUCUCAAAUGGAAAGCCAGCUUUCUAAAUCAAACCUCCCAUAAUAACGAGCUCAAGGAUUGGAUUUACCUUCCCAAGACUACUGAUACGAAUGCCACCAAUUCUUCCAGCAACCCCAAAGCAAACAAAAGCCCAUGCAAUUGGACUGGUAUUUCAUGCAAUGCUGCUGGAAGUGUCAUCAACAUAACCAUUGCCAAUUCCGGUAUACAAGGUAUGCUACAUGAAUUUUCAUUCUCAUCUUUCCCUUAUCUCGAAUAUCUAAACCUCAGCUUGAAUAAACUCUUUGAUGUCAUCCCACCUCAAAUCAGUUCCCUCUCCAAACUCCAGCAUCUUGACCUGUCCAGUAACCAGUUCUCCGGGAGAAUUCCAUCAAAACUUGGUCUUCUAAGAAAUCUCAACUUGCUAUAUCUCUGUAGAAAUAAUCUUUCUGAUGUUAUUCCUCCUUCGGUAGGGAACUUGAAAUCAUUGGUGAAUCUAGACUUGAGCCACAAUCAACUCACUGGUUCAAUUCCGAAAACAUUAGGUGACCUGACCAACCUUACCACUCUCUAUCUCUAUUCAAAUAAUCUCUCUGGCACCAUUCCAAAAGAGUUAGGGAACCUGAAAUCUUUGGUGGAUCUACUUUUGAACACUAAUCAACUCAGUGGUUCAAUUCUGAAAACGUUGGGAGAUCUGACAAAUCUUACCACUCUUUAUCUUUAUUCAAAUAAUUUCUCUGGCACCAUUCCAAAAGAGUUGGGGAACCUAAAAUCUUUGGUGGUUCUACUUUUGAACACUAAUCAACUCAGUGGUUCAAUUCCGAAAACGUUGGGUGAUCUGACCAAUCUUACCACUCUUUAUCUUCAUUCAAAUAAUCUCUCUGGCACUAUUCCAAAAGAGUUGGGGAACCUGAAAUCUUUGGUGGUUCUAACUUUGAACAAUAAUGAACUCAGUGGUUCAAUUCCGAAAAUUUUGGGUGAUCUGACCAAUCUUACAACUCUUUAUCUUUAUUCAAAUAAUCUCUCUGGCACCAUUCCAAAAGAGUUGGGGAACCUGAAAUCUUUGGUGUUUCUAGGGUUAUCCACCAAUCAACUCAGUGGUUCAAUUCCGGCAAUAUUGGGUGACUUGCAUAACUUGAAAAUUUUACAUCUCCGUGACAACCAGCUUUCUGGGUCCAUCCCCCAAAACCUAGGAAAUAACCAAAAAUUGACUGAAUUGGAAUUAGAUACAAACCAAUUUUCGGGUUAUUUGCCGCAUAACAUUUGCCAAGCUAGAUCUCUUAUAAACUUUUCAGCAUACACCAACCAUCUAAUUGGCCCAAUCCCAAAAAGCUUGAAAAACUGCACUAGUUUAUUCAGAGUCCGUCUUCAAGGGAACCAGUUGAUAGGCAACAUAUCUGCAGCCUUUGGUGUUUAUCCUAGUCUCAAUUUUAUAGAUUUGAGCAACAAUCAACUAUAUGGUGAAAUCUCACCAAAUUGGGGGUUGUGUCCAAAUUUAACAGCCCUACGAAUAGCUGGAAACAAACUUACUGGUUCUAUACCACCUGAGAUUGAAAAUGCAACCCAAAUUCAUGAGUUAAAUAUUGCAUCAAAUGGUUUAGUCGGGACAAUUCCAAAGGAGUUUGGGGGAUUAGCUUUAAUGGUGAAGCUAAUGUUGGAUGGCAAUCAACUUUCAGGUCGUGUCCCUUUAGAGUUGAAAUCAUUGAUUAAUCUAGAAUAUCUUGAUCUAUCAGCAAAUAGAUUCAAUGAUUCAAUUCCAAGCUUUGUAGGUGACUUUCUUAAGUUAUAUUACUUGAAUUUGAGCAACAACAUGUUCAGUCAAGUAAUUCCAUUUCAGCUGGGGAAGUUAAUUCAGCUGUCCCAACUAGAUUUGAGUUCUAACGCACUUGAAGGUCAUAUAGCAUCAGAUAUUGGCAAAAUGCAGAGUCUGGAGAUACUUAAUAUAUCCCACAACAAUCUUUCUGGUUUCAUUCCAACAAGUAUGGAAGACAUGCAUGGGCUAACGUAUGUUGACAUAUCCUACAAUCAAUUGGAAGGUCCACUUCCCAACAUCAAAGCAUUUCAAGUUGCUCCUUCAGAAGUAUUGCAAGGCAACAAGGGCUUGUGUGGCAACUCAAGUUUUUUGCAACUCUGCGAUAAUGAAAGCCCAAAAAACGACCAUAAACUUGUAAUUCUAAUGAUCUUCCUUAUUCUUGGAGCAAUUGCUCUUCUAGCCUUUAUAUUUCCUUUUGUAGCAAAAAGGAAAAAGAAGCAUCAGCAUCUAGAAGAAAAAAAUAGUGAUGACGAAAUUUCUUUUUCGAUUUUGAAGUUUGAUGGGAAGACAAUGUAUGAGGAAAUUGUAAGGGCAACAAAAGAUUUUGAUUCUAUGUAUUGCAUAGGGAAGGGAGAACAUGGAACUGUCUACAAAGCAACUUUGUCAAAUGCUAACACAGUAGCUGUGAAGAAACUCCAUCAUUUAUGUGCUAAUGAUGAGAAUCUUCAAAAAGAAUUCUUGAAUGAAAUCAGGGCACUAACUGAGAUGCGACACCGAAAUAUUGUGAAGCUUUAUGGUUUCUGUUCACAUAGGCGACACUCAUUUUUGGUGUAUGAGUAUCUUGAAAAGGGUAGCUUGGCCACAGUGUUGAGCAAAGAUGAGGAAGCUAAAGAACUGGGGUGGAGUAAAAGGGUCAAUAUUGUUAAAGGUGUAGCUCAUGCCUUGUGUUACAUGCACCAUGAGUACUUGCCACCAAUUGUGCACCGGGACAUAUCGAGCAAGAAUAUUUUGUUGGAUCCUGAAUAUGGGGCUUGUGUUUCAGACUUUGGCACCGCUAAGUUCUUAAAUCCAAACUCAGCCAAUUGGACUGGCCUUGCAGGCACUUACGGAUAUGUUGCACCAGAGCUGGCAUAUACAAUGGAAGUAAAUGAGAAGUGUGAUGUUUAUAGCUUUGGAGUGGUGGCAUUGGAGAUAGUUAUAGGAAGACAUCCUGGAGAUCUUCUCUUAUCUCUAUCACUGGGGUCGUCGUCGUCGUCAUCAUCAACUGCCUUACCAACCCAUCCAAUGCCAGUUGUGGAUGUUUUGGACCAACGCAUUUCUCCUCCAACACAUCAAGUUGCAGGGGAAGUGCUCUCACUUAUGAAGAUAGCAUUUGCAUGCCUGAAUUCCGGUCCUCAAUCUCGUCCGACAAUGAAACAAGUUUCUCAACAAUUUGAAACUCAGCAGAGGCUGCAUUCGUCAAAGCCAUUACCUAUGAUAACACUAGGAGAAUUGCUUGCUCUCGAUGGUUUAGCCUUGGCUAUCUGAAAAUGUUUCUUUUCUAAAUUUCACGAUAUCAGUGGUCUUGUAAUUCUUGUUAAAGGUUGCCUCGUGCUAAAGUUGUAAUCUAUUUUAUUUCCAGUUCUA